CAGCUCUCCGGGGCGGAGCCGCUGGGCCGGGUGUUGGGGGACUCGCGCCACCCCCGGGCUCUUCAGCCUGCGGCUCCGAGGUCGCACCGGGCAGGCAAGAUGCCGCGGCUGCCUCCCGAACCGCUAAGCCGGGCCGCCGAGCUCUCGGGCCCCCGCCGCAGCGGACGAGCGCAGCGCGCGCCCCAGGUCGGGCGGAGCUAGAGGCGGGCACCGGGCGGGCGUCGCGCCACCGCAGCUCCCCGCCUUCCGCCUGGAGCGCGGCCGGUGCCCUGACUGUGGGCGCCGCAGCAGGCACCUGGGCGAGGCCUCGAGCAUCCCGGUGGCGGCUGCUCGGGGCAGAUCUGGACUUGGGGACCCCGCAGGAGCGCACCCCGCCGUUCUUGCCGCCUCGCUUCGCUCCUCUUCGGCGUCCGAUCCUACCCCCACUCCCUGUCCCCUUCCUCCUCCCACCCCGGAGGAUGCGCUCCCCCGCGCCCAGCGGCAGAGGCCACCGCUCCCAGAAAUGCGUGCGCCCGAAUCACUUCGCCCCGACCCGCGGAGCCCGCGCCCCCGCCCAGUAGGAAUAUGAUUCACUGAUUAAAAAGGACAUUUCCAAGUACUUUGCACUUCCGACUGUAUAUUAUGGAUACUAAGGAGGAGAAGAAGGAACAGAAGGAACGGAAACAGAGUUAUUUUGCUCGACUAAAAAAGAAGAAACAAGCCAAACAAAAUGCAGAGAUCAUCUCAGCUACAGCCACAAAGAGUAAUUCCGGGAAAGAAGAUGCUAACUCAGUCAUUUUGGAUCAAGAAAAAUCCAACAUUGCAGUGGAGGGGGAAUAUAACACUGAUGAGAAAAAGAAGAGAAAAAACAAUCAGUUAAAGGAAAUCAGGCGCACAGAACUGAAGAGAUACUACAGUAUUGAUGACAGUCAAAGCAAAACUCAUGAUAAAAAAGAGAAGAAGAUGGUGGUACAGAAGCCACACGGCACCAUGGAAUACACUGCCGGAAGCCAGGACACCCUCAACUCCAUAGCCCUGAAGUUUAACAUCACUCCCAAUAAAUUAGUGGAAUUGAAUAAACUCUUCACACACACUAUCGUCCCAGGCCAGGUCCUGUUUGUGCCAGAUGCCAGCUUCCCUUCUAGUACCUUACGGCUUUCAUCGUCCACUCCUGGUGCUACUGUCUCUCCAUCAUCAUCAGAUGCAGAAUACGAUAAGCUGCCUGAUGCUGACUUAGCAAGAAAGGCCUUAAAACCCAUUGAGAGAGUCUUAUCAUCGACUUCUGAAGAAGAUGAGCCAGGUGUUGUGAAAUUUCUCAAGAUGAACUGUCGCUACUUCACGGAUGGAAAGGGUGUGGUUGGAGGUGUCAUGAUCGUCACUCCCAACAAUAUCAUGUUUGACCCUCAUAAGUCCGAUCCCUUGGUUAUUGAGAAUGGAUGUGAAGAGUAUGGCCUCAUCUGCCCCAUGGAAGAGGUGGUCUCUAUCGCCCUGUACAACGACAUUUCUCACAUGAAGAUCAAAGAUGCUCUGCCAUCUGACCUACCUCAGGAUCUUUGUCCUCUGUACAGGCCUGGAGAAUGGGAGGACCUGGCUUCAGAAAAAGAUAUCAAUCCAUUCAGUAAGUUCAAGUCCAUCAACAAGGAGAAACGGCAGCAGCAUGGGGAGAGAACCCUCCCUUUAAAUCCCAAAUCCAUGGGCUCUCCUGAAGAGUCAACAGAGUGCACACGGGUGAAACCCUUGGAAAGCUCUGAGUCAUGGAAAUUAAAGAAACUGGAAGCUUCUAGGGGGACAGCCAGUGAGUCUCCCUCUGUGACUCAGCUCAGCAAGGGACCUUCUGACCCCCAUGCUGCCUCGGAAUUUACAGCCAAAAAAAACUGUCUUUUGGGGGAAGAUGAUGACUUUGUUGACUUAGAGGAACUCUCUUCUCAACCUGGAAGUGGGAUGGACAAAGGAGAUGCCACGAAGGAAUCUCUUUCCCGUGACCAAAAGAAGAGGGAGCCUCAAACUAUGAGGUCUGCAAAGCAAAUGCAGGUGCUGUCAUCCCUGGACCUCACCGGGUUAGAGAGUGAUGCUGAAUUGAAGGGGGUCCUCGAUUUAGAAACCUGUGAGAAGCAAGACAAAGUGCCAGAAGUAGAUAAACAGUCUGGAUCCCCAGAAAACCAGGGGGAAAGCACGCUCAAGAUCCAUGAAGACCUCGAUAAAGUUAAACUCAUUGAAUUUUACCUAAACAAAAGCAAAGAAGGAUCACAGCUUUCUGAAAAUGUACAGAAGUCAGAACUCAGUGAGAACAAAAGGAUCGAGCCAGAAGGAAUAGACAUCACGCUUAGUCGCUCUCUUCCCCAGGCAGGUGACUCUCCACCUGAGGGCCACAAAGAGCCAGAUGCAAUCUGGGUAAAAGACAGAGAGAACCUUCCCCUGAAACUGGACCCUCGUGCAGAAGAAAAUGUAAUUAACAACAAAGAGGCUUUGGAGUCUUUGGAAUCAUCUCUGGACAAGAGCUGUCAAGGUGCACAAAUGGAUAAUAAAUCUGAGAUUCAGUUAUGGCUGCUAAAGAGAAUUCAGGUACCCAUUGAAGAUAUACUUCCCUCGAAAGAAGAAAAGAGCAAGACCCCACCGAUGUUUCUGUGUAUCAAGGUGGGAAAACCAAUGAGAAAAUCCUUUGCCAGUCACACCACCGCCAUGGUCCAGCAGUAUGGCAAGAGAAGAAAGCAGCCCGAGUACUGGUUUGCUGUUCCCCGCGAGAGGGUGGAUCACUUGUACACCUUCUUUGUUCAAUGGUCUCCCGAUGUCUAUGGGAAAGAUGCCAAGGAGCAAGGCUUUGUGGUGGUAGAGAAAGAAGAACUGAACAUGAUCGACAAUUUCUUCAGUGAGCCGACCACCAAGAGCUGGGAGAUCAUCACUGUUGAAGAGGCGAAACGGAGGAAGAGCACUUGCAGCCACUACGAGGAGGAGGAGGAGGAAGAAGAGGGACUGCCUAUCCUGCAGCCCCACAGUGCGCUCCUGGAGAACAUGCACAUCGAGCAGCUGGCCCGACGCCUUCCAGCCAGGGUACAAGGCUAUCCGUGGAGACUGGCCUACAGAACAUUAGAGCAUGGAACAAGCUUGAAAACUCUCUACAGGAAAUCAGCAUCCCUAGACAGCCCUGUUCUACUGGUCAUCAAGGACAUGGAUAACCAGAUAUUUGGGGCAUAUGCAACUCAUCCCUUCAAGUUCAGUGACCACUAUUACGGCACAGGCGAGACGUUUCUCUACACCUUCAGUCCUAAUUUCAAGGUCUUUAAGUGGAGUGGAGAAAAUUCAUAUUUCAUCAACGGAGACAUAAGUUCUUUAGAGCUUGGUGGUGGAGGGGGACGCUUUGGUCUGUGGCUAGAUGCCGACUUAUACCACGGACGCAGCAACUCUUGCAGCACUUUUAAUAAUGAUAUUCUCUCCAAAAAAGAAGACUUCAUAGUUCAGGACCUAGAGGUAUGGACAUUUGAGUGAAGUGUAGGCUGCCUUAAAAUAUAAUAUUAAAAAGACUGGGCUAGAUUAGCCCUAUUACUGGAAGAUGAGCCCCAGCCCCGGCUGCCGCAUCCCACAGCAACGCUUUCUUUCUGCCACCGUCUCAGAGCAUGAUAACAAUGCAGAAAGAUUCUGACAGGUACCUGCGGAGGGCAGAUGCUGAGGAAAGAAACCUGAGGUCCAGAUGGGAAAAGACUUUGUACAUCCACUGCUUUCGGAUCCACACCAUGAGAAAUCAGAGUGUCUAGAGGAGUAUGAGUUGAAUGCAAUUUUUAUUUUUGGUAACUGUGAAAAAAAAAGAUACUGUGGAAAUAUAUACCUGCCUUGUGUAUUUAUCAACAUAAUUUACCAAAUGUAUAGUUACUGUUUGCUAUGGAAAGCUGAAUCUGAUUUAGAAAAAUUGAAAGGGCACGGCACUUAAAGGGAACAUCUGAUUUUUUUAACUAUUUUAUUUAUUAUUUCUAGUAUAUUGUCUGAAAUAUGUUGGAAUUUUUUUCUUCUCAAUGUGUCAAAUACUGAAAUAAAGGAAUAUGUACCUUUUGUGCUUAUAUUUGGGAAACAAGUCUCCUUUGAUUUGUAUAGUUUGAUACUCAUUUUUUUUUUGCCCUGAUUAUUUAGGGUGAGAUAGUCUUAAUGUCUUAAGACUAUGUAUCUCUCUAUAUAUGAACUUUCCAGAGUUCAUGACCAAUGUUCAUUGAUCUGAAUAUUAUAGACCAGCUUUUCGUUUAGUUUUUAAAGUACACUUUGACACCCUAAGCAUUUGUGUGAAAUAGAGUAUGACAUCUCUCGUAGUUGUAAGUUGGUGUCUAUCAAAAUAGGAAUUUUCAUGAAUGUGGACAUACAACAAAUCCUGAAAAGAGAAUGUGUUGCUUCUUACGAAAUUGUGUACUAAUAACAGUAACUUAGUUUUUUAGUUUUUUUAUAUAUAUAGUUUUUUUCACAGGUGUUUACAUGAAUGAGGAGCCCUCUGUUUUAAAGGGGAGUGUUUAAUUUCUUCAUUUUUGAUGUUGGAUGAAAAUAUCAAGUUGGACCAAUUUUUUUGGUUUCUAGAAUUCUAUUGGAGAAAAAAACAAUAAAGAAUUGUGUUUAUAUCACAACUGAAAGAAAAAAAGAAAAUCUAUUUUUUAAAGUUGAAACUCAUUUUCACAUUGUAAACCAUCUUUUCUUUUAAGCAGUAAGAGAUAAAGUCAUUAACCUUGUUGAUUGCCACCCUUUUGUGAAAGCCAAAGACUACUGAUGGGAAAAAUUAAUGAUAGCCAAAGCUGGAAAGUAGUCUACCACAAAUUAUUUCCCCAGUGAUCACUGAAAGGAAAAUUAGCUCCCCACGUUUACAUAUCUGUUUACGUUCAAAAUAUGUUCUUUAAAUUUUUCUUCCAGUUUAGACUCCCUGUAAGAAAACAGAAUGUUCAGUGGUCUCUGCCAGGUCAUCAGUUGUUAUACUCACUGCCAUUCCAUGCUAGUUUAAACGAAUGCUCUAAAAUUUUAAAUCUGUAGACCAGAGACACUUUACACCUGUGUUCUCCCACUGAGGACUCUCGGUUAAAAACACAUGAUUUGAACGUGGUCUACUCAUGCACAUGAGUUGGUGAGAUCCCAGGAAUAGCUUGUGGUGAUUACAUUCACCAUUUAUGCCAUUUGUAACCAUAUGCUGUUAAUGAACAAGAUGGUCAUUUUGCCUAUAGGUCACUCUUACCUAGUUUAGUCCAUGACGCUAUACUCGUGAGAGCCUAUCCAGAUGCUGUAUUCUCUAUUUAAAACAGUAUUGUCUGAGCAGGAAUGUGUGAUCCUUCCUUAUGGAUCUCAACUACAUGUAAUGCAGUGCUAUUCCAAUAUUUUCAAAUAAAGGAAUUUAUGCA